AACGUCAGAAAGAGGCGGGCUUACUGCCCCGAGGAGGCGCCUGCAGAGCCGGUGUUCCAUGGCUUGACUUACUCGUCGCCAACUGGCCAUGCCACUCUUAACUUCCCGGCCGAUCACCAGUAUAUACUGCAGCAGCCGCCUCUGUCGCAUGUGCUUCCGUCCAGCUACAUAGACCCGAACUUCCCGGACACUCACCUGUUUAUCCUGGAGCAAGCCGCCAUUCUCCUCAACCAGCCCUUGGAUUCUCUCCUCAAUUUGAACAACCAGCAACACCCAUAUGUCAGUGAUCAAGAUCACUUCCACAAGAAGCCGCGCCUGGACCCAACCGCUCAAAUGCCGACACCAUACUCUGACGGUCUCUAUAGGCGGGAUGGCCAGGAGAAGCCUCCUCUUGGUGGCCAGCCCGGUGCUGGGGUGAUUCCUAGCCACAAGCCUCCUGGGCUCUUCGGCGGGUGGACUGGAUCGCGACUGGCCGACUGUUUCGCGAGCUUUUCCAUGUGCGCUACGUCUGACUCUCAACCAUCGUACCAGCCGCUUGUUACACCUCCUCCGUAUGACUAUCAUGACCGUAAGGCGCUGGCCCUGGAUACUACCAUGGUAUCCGUGCAAACUCCGUCUCAAGGCUCCCUUCUUCCUACCCCCGUCUCUCCGCAGCCUACGGGGCUUUUCCCCUGUGAUGAUCCCGCGUUGAUGUCGCAGUAUAUGUCGAACCAUCCACCGCUGCAGCCUUCUCAGGUCCUGGGCCUUCAGCCUGCUGCUAGUAGGGAGGAGAUGGUCUACCCGAGCCUCUCAGCCCAGGGGUACCUGACUGAGGUAUCCCUGCAGGCAGACGCCGCAUCGGGCACAUGCUCUGCUGGAAGCCAAUGUUCGCCUCUGGAUGGCCACGGCAUUCUUAUGAACCUACCAUCACACUUCCAUUCGGCACAGGUUUGUGAUGUGAGACCAGGAGCGGGGAACACGGCUGUCCAGGAAGACUUCCUUCCUACGCAGAGAACGACCCCUGUCAAACGUGGCCCCUUUAAGGAUCAAGAUUCUCGGGAGAAAACUGCGCUUACCAGGAAAAUGGGCAGCUGCAUUCGUUGUCGAAUGCAACGAAUCAGGUGCAACCUUGACCCGGACAACGAAAGAGGUCCCUGUCUAUCGUGCAAGAAGAUUGCCAGUACCACUAGGGUAUACCGGCUAAACUGCCUGCGCCUGAAGAUCACAGACGUGAGGCUUUUCAAGCCCGGUCAGGUCAAAGGACAAGAAUGGACCAAUCGGUGGAAAGACAGCGUGAUGGACGACAUCGGGAAUUGGGAGUCGGCUCAGGUGAGAACGAUAUAUGUCACGGAGGGUUACACCGGACAAUCGGUUCGACUGCAGGUUCGACAGUUCAGGCCGCUGCCCGGUGAUAGCCUCGAGAGGAAAUGGGUGUCGAAGGAUGGUGCGAAACGAGCGGUCAAGAUCCCGGCAUUUGCCAUUGUCAAUCUGGACGAAGCCAAAGCUGCUUUUGACCAGUACAUCAAACACGGCUUGCUCAACUGCUGCGACUACCUUCUCGGUCCGCGGGACAAGCUGCUCUGGAGGACGUAUACUCUCGCCAUCAAACUCGCGCAUGACACCUCGACACCUCUAUCGGAGAGGAGUCUACUCGUCUCCACUCUUGAUCUCUGGAUGUCGGUUCGCUUGACGACGAAGUCGUUCGAAAUUGUGGGCGACGAUACGCUGGACAUGCCACGGGACAUCAUCAAAGACGAGGACAAUCCGCUCCACGGAAAGAUUCCGAUCCCGCCAGUGAUGGGAGCGCAGAUCGAUUCGGUGAUCAUCCACCAGAUCCAACCUCGACUUCGCCGAAAGGCACUUGAGGAGUUGCAGAAGAUGACCCAGGAGAAGAAGCAAAAGACGUGGCUCACAACGUACCUGGUCACCUUCAUCCUGUUGCACAACAUUGCCCUGAUCACCAAGCACGAUGCAGACUACGCUAAGAAGCACGGUUUGAAGAGACGGUUCGCAAGAGAGGCCCAUGUCAAGGAGUAUAAUAUUGGCGCGAACACGCUGCUCGCCUACUUCCACUACUGCAACAAAGCAAUAUACCCAUUCUCCACCGAGUGCAAGGAUCAGGACCUUCAAACGUUGGCGGAGCUCAACGAUGAAGCCAUCUCGUUUGUCAGGUACACCAGACGUGUCGUUGCUCAGAAUAAAAGGGAAUGGCAGGAUUUGUGGCUUCUAGACGCCUACGAAAACGAGUUCUACUACGUCAGCCAACUAUUCGAGCCCAACUGGCAACCUCGGACCAUGGCCUAG